GCAAGCUUUAUAAAGGCGACCUCUGCUCCUUAUUCUGCAGGCUGUAAAACCUGAUAACCCUCCCUGUUCUUCCUGCUCUCAGACACACCUUGAAGCUGGUGGAGCAACAUCUGCUGGAGGUGAAAGCUGAUUGGCUGCAGCCUCUCUGCUCUGACACGUGAUUCGUAGAUCAGAGCUCAGAGCUGUUGCUGUUUUCAGGAAAUGAAACUCACACAGUCACUGUGACCGAGAGGAGAAAUGGAGCAGAACCAGCUGGACCGAGAAACCUUCUCCUGUUCGAUCUGUCUGGAUCUACUGAAGGAUCCGGUGACUAUUCCCUGUGGACACAGCUACUGUAUGAAGUGUAUUAAAAACUUCUGGGAUGAAGAGGAUCACAAAGGAAUCCACAGCUGCCCUCAGUGCAGGGAGACCUUCACACCGAGGCCCGUUCUGAAGAAAAACACCAUGUUAGCAGCUUUAGUGGAGCAGCUGAAGAAGACUGGACUCCAAGCUGCUCCUGCUGAUCUCUGCUAUGCUGGACCUGAAGAUGUGGCCUGUGAUUUAUGCUCUGGAAGAAAACUGAAAGCCAUCAAGUCCUGUUUAGUCUGUCUGGCCUCUUUCUGUGAGAAACACCUUCAGCCUCAUUAUGAUUCAGCUGCAUUUAAGAAACACAAGCUGGUGGAGCCCUCCAAGAACCUCCAGGAGAACAUCUGCACUCGUCAUGAUGAGGUGAUGAAGAUGUUCUGUCGUACUGAUCAGAAGUGUAUCUGUUAUCUCUGCUCUGUGGAUGAACAUAAAGGCCACGACACAGUGUCAGCUGCAGCAGAAAGGACUGAGAGGCAGAGAGAGCUGGAAGUGAGACGAGAAAACAUCCAGCAGAGAAUCCAGGACAGAGAGAAAGAUGUGAAGCUGCUUCAACAGGAGCUGGAGGCCAUCAAGCACUCUGCUGAUAAAACAGUGGAGGACAGUGAGAAGAUCUUCACUCAGCUGAUCCGUCUCAUCCAGAAAAGAAGCUCUGAUGUGAAGCAGCAGAUCAGAUCCCAGCAGGAAACUGAAGGGAGUCGAGUCAAACAGCUUCAGGAGAAGCUGGAGCAGGAGAUCACUGAGCUGAAGAGGAAAGACGCUGAGCUGAAGCAGCUCUCAGACACAGAGGAUCACAACCAGUUUCUCCACAACUACCCCUCACUGUCAGCACUCAGUGAGUCUACACACUCAUCCAGCAUCAAGAUCCGUCCUCUGAGCUACUUUGAGGAUGUGACAGCAGCUGUGUCAGAGCUCAGAGAUCAACUACAGGACAUCCUGAGAGACGCAUGGACAAACAUCUCACUGAGACUCACUGAGGUGGAUGUUUUACUGUCAGAACCAGAACCAAAGAGCAGAGCUGGAUUCUUGAGAUAUUCAUGUGAAAUCACACUGGAUCCAAACACAGCACACAGUGAUCUGUUACUAUCAGAGGGGAACAGGAAGGUGACAUGGAUGAAUCAACCUCAGUCUUAUUCUAGUCAUCCAGACAGAUUCACUGGUUGUUGUCAGGUUCUGAGUAGAGAGAGUCUGACUGGACGUUGUUACUGGGAGGUGGAGAGGAGAAAGAGCGUUAUUGUAGCAGUCGCAUACAAGAAUAUCAGCAGAGCAGGAGGAGGGAAUGAAUGUGGAUUUGGAAAUAAUGACAAAUCUUGGGCAUUAGAUUGUUACCAAGGAGGUUAUCAAUUUGCUCACAACAGCAUCUGGACCUCCAUCUCAGGUCCUGGUUCCUCCAGAGUAGGAGUGUACCUGGAUCACAGAGCAGGUAUUCUGUCCUUCUACAGCGUCUCUGAAACCAUGACUCUCCUCCACAGAGUCCAGACCACCUUCACUCAGCCGCUACAUGCUGGAGUUUAUGUUUAUUCUGGAGGUUCUGCUGAGUUCUGUAAACCCAAAUAGACAGAAUCCACUGAAGGUUCAGUGAGUUUGAUUCUGGUUUUUAAAUCUCCAGCAGAUUAUUUUCUUAAUUGUUGUUUUAUGUCUAAACUGCACAGAAAUCAAUAGUCAGAGAUUGUCAGCACUUGUUUUCCUUCAGAAUUGAUGUUCUGGUUCUGUUGGGUUUGUUAAUUUCUCAUCAUUGUUUUCUAAACCAGCUGAUCAGAACCAGAAUAUUUGCUGUUUUUCCUCCUUGUUGCUUUUAGCAGCAAAAACUGUGAACUCAGCAAUAAAAUGUCAAAUAAUGCCCCAGGUUUAAAAAGUGGAACCAGUUCUUUGAUCCGGUUCUGGUUUGGACCCAUUUUGUUGAGUCCAGACACACAUCAGACAACAGAUAUCAUCUAAUAUUGUAAAUUUGUCAUCUGAGAAUAAUCAUAUUUUUAAUGUUUUACUAUGUUUGAUCAUUAUUUCAAAACAUCUUUAAGGUAAAUAACCUCAAAACAACAAAAUCACCACAACUCUAAUUAGUAUUUCAGUUAAAAUUACAAUCCUGCUGUACAAUAUAGUUUUAUUUGAAACUUAAAAUUUACAGGAUGCGUGAAUGGUU